AUGCUUAGCAUGGAGCGGGGCAUGCUGGGAAAGAAAGAGCAGCUGACUGUCAGGAAGUAGACGGAGCCGUACAUGUGGCCGGACUGAGCAGAGGUAUCGCCGGUUUCUAUCGCAGGUUGGAAUCCACGGUAAAAAGUUUUCUAUAAACUGAUUUUGAGAUACGGGAAGCGGUUAGAAUCUGGUGGUUUGUUGUGCUUCUCGUAGGAAGGAAGAAAUAUUAAAAAGAGGAAGGGGGCAGAAAGGAUACAAGGAUUAAACAGAAGAUGACCUCAGGCGGGCCAUCGGUGGCAAUUAUCGGUGGAGGAAUCGCAGGCUUGGUGUGUGCAGCCAGGCUUUCACAGCUGGGACUGACAGACACCAAAGUGUUUGACACCGGGAAAAGAGCUCCCGGUGGUCGAUGCAGCAGUAGGUUCAUCAGCAUUGGUGGUAAACUCCAUGUAUUUGACCAUGCUGUCCAGUUCUUCACCGUGAGCGAUCUGAGAUUCGCAAAAAUUGUCUCCUUUUUGCACAGUAAGAAGGCUGUGAAGGUUUGGCCCGGGAAAAUAGUUAAACUUAAAAAGGGGGCAGAGCCAGUCCAAGUGAAGGAUGUUCAAGCGUUUGUUGGGACAAGAGGAAUGCAGUCAAUUCCAGAGACUCUUUCUAGCCUUGUCCAUGUUGAAGGGAAUACGUGGGUCAACCAUGUUCUUUGGGAUGCUGUUGUGAAGAAGUGGAAGGUUGAUAACCAUGGCUGGUUUGAUUAUUUGGUAGUUGCCCAUAAUGGAAAGUGUGCAGACAGGCUCAUGGCUGAUUGUGGCGCACCGCAAAUCCACAAUCUUUUGAGGGUGAAGUUUGGCCCAGUGUUGUCGCCCAAGACCGACAUCAUGCAGUUGUGUUCCCUCUGGGUGUUGUUAAUGGCGUUUUCCAAAAACAUUGAAUUGUGCUUUGAUGGCGCAUUUGUGGAACACACUGAUAUAUCCUGGAUUGGAAACAACACAUCAAAAUACAAGGCUGACAAUGACUUAGAAUGCUGGACUGUUAUCAGCACAAGGACUUUUGGCGCAAAGCAUAAGGUACCCCAGGAGAACAUACCACCUUCCAAAGAGAAGGAAGUUACCAAUUCACUACUCAAUGCUUUUGCAGAAGUAACCGGGUUGGGCCGAAAAAGUAUAAUGCCUUGUUUCACCAAAGUCCAGCUGUGGGGAGCAGCAAACCCUCUGAAUGUUCUUCAAAGAGAAGACUGUGUUUUCCAGGCUAGUCAUAAUGUGGGUAUCUGCGGAGACUGGCUGGUUAGCCCGUGUAUUGAGGGCGCAGCUGUUAGCGGCCUGGCUCUAGCUGAAGUUAUCGGUCGGCACGUGAGAGGCGAGAGACGCGACGUAGGCUUGAAGACCCACUUAGCUCCUCUGGAGGCAGAAGCCAUUGGUGCUUUCCCUACCAACAAAAGUUUGCUCUUUAAUCCUGGAAAGCCAUGAAAGAAUAUGUGACCUCAUGGGGAAUAAUGAUGGACUUCACCCCAUUACAACCGAUCGAUCUGUUACUAGCAGGUGUUUUGUGUCUAAAUAAAAUAAAAA